AUGCGGAUCAUGAUCAAAGGCGGUGUUUGGAAGAACACAGAGGACGAAAUCCUGAAGGCGGCAGUCAUGAAAUACGGCAAGAAUCAAUGGGCACGCAUAUCUUCGCUCCUUGUACGGAAAUCCGCGAAACAGUGCAAAGCGCGUUGGUAUGAGUGGCUUGACCCGUCAAUAAAAAAAACCGAGUGGACGCGUGAGGAAGAUGAGAAAUUGCUGCAUCUCGCUAAGCUUAUGCCAACACAAUGGCGCACUAUCGCCCCGAUUGUUGGAAGAACACCAGCACAAUGUCUUGAGAGGUACGAGAAGCUUCUUGAUGCUGCGUGCCACGGAUAUAAUGAUAGCGAACUUACCGAUGACCCACGUCGGCUGCGGCCUGGAGAGAUUGAUCCGAACCCAGAGUCAAAACCUGCUCGUCCUGACCCUGUUGACAUGGAUGAAGAUGAAAGAGAAAUGCUCUCUGAAGCACGAGCUAGACUGGCAAAUACCAAGGGAAAGAAAGCAAAACGUAAAGCUCGUGAGAAACAGUUGGAAGAAGCGCGCCGCCUUGCAUCCCUACAGAAGCGACGGGAGCUGAAGGCUGCAGGGAUCCAAACAGUGAAGCGGGCAAAGCGUGUAAGGGGAAUGGACUACAACGCAGAGAUACCUUUUGAAAUCAAGCCUGUGCCCGGUCCGUACUCCACUGAUAUGGAGUUUCGAGAACACCUGCACCAAAGCAAUGUUUCCUUUGCACCUUCAUCACUGACAGAAUAUGAAAAGCCUCACAAGAAGGAUCUCGAGGAUCAGCUGAUGAAAGAGGAUGUGAGACAACAGCGUAGUCAAGACCGGAAAACCACUCCAUCUGCAGUCCAGCAACUACGCGCCCUCGUUGUAUCAAACACGGGAAAACAUAAACGCAAACUUGAACUUCCUCCACCUAACGUGCAUGUGAGUGGUCUCGAAAAUCUUAUCAAUUUG